AUGGGAAAGCUGACAACCAUGCCUACAAGUCUGAUGUUUGCAUCUGUAAGUGUGCAUGCAGCCAAAGAAGAGGAAUCCAAAAAGCAGCUAAUGAAACCAGAGCAGCUCCCCAUAUAUACUUCACCACCUCUCCAGUCUAAAUAUGUUGAAGAGAAGCCUGGUAAUUUACAAAUGAGCUUUGCCUCGAUCCGCACUACAACUAGUCGUUAUAUUGGCUGGUGCAAGGGUGUUUAUGUCUUUGUGAAAAAUGGAAUAAUGGAUACAGUUCAGUUUGGAAAAGAUGCAUAUGUUUAUUUGAAGAAUCCACCACGAGAUUUUCUUCCAAAAGUCGGAGUGAUUACAGUUUCAGGAUUGGCAGGCUUGGUUUCAGCAAGAAAAGGUUCUAGAUUUAAGAAAAUUGCUUAUCCAUUGGGACUGGCCACUUUAGGAACAACUGUUUGUUACCCAGUUCAGUCUGUAAUAAUUGCAAAGGUAACCGGGAAAAAGGCAUAUGCUACAAGCCAGCAAAUUUAUGAAGCAGUUAAAUCAUUGUGGACAAAAAACAACAAAGAGUCACUUCCUGAACCUAAAGAAAAAACUAAGCUCGGAAGCUCUGCUGAAAUAGAAAUACCUGCAAAAACAGCUCAUGACCUGAAACACUCAAUGGCUUUUCCAACAGAACUCAAAUCUGAAAUGAAGACCAAAUCAGAAUUAAAUACAGGUGCUACACAGUUUAUGCCUGACCCCAAGCUCAUGGAUCACGGGCAGUCCCAUCCAGAAGAUAUAGAUAUGUACAGCACUAGAAGCUGAAAUAGUCUACAUAGAGAAUUACAAGAUGUGUGAAGUUCCAAAUAAUAAUGAAAAAAAAAAUCAUAUAAUGGGUAACUGUGAUGCAUAGAGCAUAACUUAAAGCAAAUUUACCCCUUACAUCUUCUAAUGUAUAGUUUGACAACUAUAUGUGAUUAAAACACAAACAGCAAAUACAGUCUAAACAAUAUUAAAUGGUUGGUGAAGAGGCAGAGGUAGUAGUAUUAAGAUGCAUUUAAUGACUUAUAAAUAACAAAUAGAGUGAACACUUGUGAGGCUAAGAUCUGAAAAAAUAUGUCUAUAUAUCAAUAUUUAUACACACAUAUAUUUGCUUUAGCUUUUUCUAAUUAAUGUCAGCUAAAUUAGAAUGGAUUGUGGAAGGAUAUGUUCCCUAUCCUUCUCUUUUAUCAUUUCCCAGAGCUGAAAUAAAGUAUCCAUAUUUUAUGACA